AUGUCGUGGAACUGUGGGAUGCCUCAGCUCCUGGGAGGUACUGCUGAAUAUAGUCAGAUGACGGAACAAGAAGAAGCCUUGUUGACAACAAGUUGGGCAGGAUUAGUUGAGAGAAGUAGGUUGAUGUGGAAAGCAAGUUCCCCUGCGGAGAUUGUAGAGGCCACGCCUAUGGAUGAGGGAGAAUUGGCUGAGCAACAUCUGGCCAACCUUGAUGAAUAUCUUGAUGAAGACAACGGUGGAGGGGAUGUUUUGGAAGAGGUUAACAACAGUGAAGAUGUUGCCUCAGAUGACGGUAUUGACCUGGAUUAA